GCGUGGCGCCUCCUCCUCGCCCCGACACGGCGCUGAGGCGCGGCGGGCAGAGGCAGAGGCGGCGGCCGCGCCGGGCCGCGCACUCGGGAGAGCGGCCGCGCAUCGCGCCAGCCGCCCGCCCGCCCCUCGGCCCUCCGCCGCCGCUGGCGGGGCGGCGAUGAAGCGGCGCUAAAGGCGCAGGGAGGGCCCCCGCUGCAGCCCAGCGCCUGGCCGCCCCGAGGAGCAGGGAGGGAGGCCGCGGGCCGGCGGACGCGCAGGGCGGCGGGGGCCGCGGCGAGCCGGGCGGCCAUGAUGCAGUGAGCGCUGCUCCCAGCGCGGCCGGGCGGGGGCCCGCGUAGCGCCGCUCCCGCCCGCCUCCUUACAUAACGCUCGGCGGCGGAGCGGGGCUGCGGCUGCACCACCAGCGCCAUGGCGAAUGACAACGGCGGCGGCGCCGGACAGGGCGGCGGCGGCGGCAGCGGGAGCGGCGGCGGCAGCGGAGGCGGCGGCGGCAGCAGCAGCGAGCGGGACCGGCAGUACUGCGAGCUGUGCGGGAAGAUGGAGAACCUGCUGCGGUGCGGGCGCUGCCGCAGCUCCUUCUACUGCAGCAAGGAGCACCAGCGGCAGGACUGGAAGAAGCACAAGCUCAUCUGCCGCGGGGGAGGCGCGGCGGCCGCGGCAGGGGGCGCUGCGGAGCCUCGCGGCGCUCAGCCCCCGCCGCCCCGCGCCCACGGCUCCCGCAGCGCACGCGGCGCGCACGGCGCCGGGGCUGCGGGCCGCCCGGACAAGGCGGCGGCGAAGGGAGCGGCGUCGGGCCCCGAGCCCUCCGGCGAGGCCGCCCCGCCGGACGGCGACCGCGUCGUCGCGGCGGCGGCCGGAGGCGGAGAGGCGGCGGCCCCGGCCCCGGCUCCGGCUCCCGCCGCGGAGGCGGUGCUGCUGUACCGGGACAAGUCGAACCUGUACCCGAGCGGCGUGCAGGCGGGGCCCGGAGGGGCCGCGCUGCGUCCCAACGGGCAGACCAAGUCGCUAGUGCCUCAGCGGCUGGCGCUGGAGUACAUCGUGCCCUGCAUGAACAAGCACGGCAUCUGCGUAGUGGACGACUUCCUGGGCAAGGAGCUGGGCGGGCUGGUAGCCCAAGAAGUGCGAGCCCUGCAUCACACCGGCCGCUUCACCGAUGGGCAGCUGGUCAGCCAGAAGAGCGACUCCUCCAAGGACAUCCGCGGCGACAAGAUCACCUGGGUGGAGGGCAAGGAGCCGGGCUGCCAGACCAUCCGCCUGCUCAUGAACAGCAUGGACGAUCUCAUCCGCCACUGCAACGGCAAGCUGGGCAACUACCGCAUCAACGGCAGGACGAAAGCCAUGGUGGCUUGUUACCCAGGCAAUGGAACAGGAUAUGUUCGCCACGUUGAUAACCCAAAUGGAGAUGGAAGAUGUGUUACGUGUAUAUAUUAUCUUAAUAAAGACUGGGAUGCCAAGGUAAGCGGAGGCAUCCUUCGGAUAUUUCCAGAAGGUAAAGCCCAAUUUGCUGACAUUGAACCCAAAUUUGAUAGACUGCUAUUCUUCUGGUCUGAUCGCCGCAACCCUCAUGAAGUACAGCCAGCAUUUGCUACAAGGUACGCAAUAACGGUGUGGUAUUUUGAUGCAGAUGAAAGAGCACGAGCUAAAGUAAAAUAUCUAACAGGUGAAAAAGGUGUGAGGGUUGAACUUAAUAAACCUUCUGACUCGGUUGGGAAAGGCGUUUUAUAAGCCUUUGUUUUAGCCACUCCUCUUGCUAUUCUCCCUGAGAAACCUUGAUGCUAUCUAUUAACUUUUGAAUGUGAAUAACAAGGUAAAGGAAAAUCAACAACAAACCAACGUUUUAAUAAAGAAGCAUACAGUGUUUCCAUGUUGCAUCAAAUAGAAGAUUUUUUUGACUGCUGAAGCAUUGUACUAUGUGAUUGUCACUCCAGGCCUGUGACUGCUUAUGUGAAGAAGAUAAGCAAUCAGUAAGGAACAACAUAUGCAUCUGGACAUAAACAAGUGCCCUACAUAGAAUUUGUUCAUCCUUAUAUUUUGCCAGACCUGUCAUCCAGCUGAAUCAAAUUCAUCACUCCUUUUUUUAUAUGGUAAAAGUUUGAAUUUUGGGUAAUUUUUGUAUGACCAGGUACAGUUUAUCAAAAUUGAGUCUUAAAAAAAAGAAAAACAGAAAAAAAAAAAGAAAAAAAAACUACAGUAUUCUCCAAAAUAACAUGAAUCUAUUUUUGUAAAACUGUUCAUACUGUUCUCCUCUGCCAUGAAAGACCUAAUGUAAGGGUUGCCAGUAACUGAUAAUCACUUUAAUUUUCUUUACACCUUAAGUCAGAGAAGGAGCACUUUAAUUACCAGCUAAAAACCUGAUUGUUUUAUAUCAUAUCUCACACUAAUCUUAACUUUUAAAGAUUGCUGCUGUAUUGUUUUUUGACUAUGUCCUCUUGAACCGUAUUAACAGAAGCAAAUCAAUAUCUUGCUACUAGUAACAUUCAGUUUGUGGUUUUGUAUGUUGAAUCUACAGAGGGGAAGUUUCGGUCUCUGUUUUUGGUUUUGUUCUGUUUUUAUUUUGUUUUGUUUUUAAGUGACUGGCACUAAGUGAACUUGACACUAUCGGUUGCUGUCAUUGGCUUUGGGGACCUGGUAAAUACCAUCAAGAUACAAGAACAUACAAGGGCUUUCCUAGGCUAUUAGAGGUACCCAGAACCUCCUUGUGUACUUUACAGAAAUUUUGAGCUUUCUCCCUUUUCUAAAGAAUACCUGCCAUCCCCCUUUCCUUUGUAUAUAAGUUAACAGAAUAUCUAAAACUCACUUUUUAAAAAGAUGUCCUUUCCAAAUGUUGCUGUCCCAUGCAGUCUUUAAGUAAGUUGACACCUUGAUCUAUCAUAUAGCGUCAAGGAAAUGGUCAGCACACUGAAGGUGAAGCGCAUCACUGUAGGCUCCUUCUGCAAUACAUCUUUAGAAUCUCACUGUGCUGAAGGAUUUCCCCCCCCAAAAAAACACUGGCCUCUGAUCAACACUGAGACGCAUGUUUAGUAAAAAAAAAAAAAAAAAAAAAAAAACCUUUGCUUUCUUUUACUUUUUUUUUUUUUUUUUUUUUUUU